CUGCCCACAUAGUGGCAUCCCGCCCUCUUUGCUUAGCCACGUCCCUCUCGAUGCUCCUUAGCCCACUCUCUUCCAAGUUUUACUGGCCCCACUAGGUGGGCUACCCAUGGCUCCAUCUCGGCAGCAUUGCGCCUGCGCCAGAGACCCGUCUCGGCGGUUGCUGACAGUUGACUAGGGUUUGGGUAUCUGGUGCCACCGCUGCUGGAGGGCUCGGAACCACCAUGACCAUCACGUACAGCUGCAUUGCUAAUGGCCGGGUGAUCCUGGCCGAGCUGGCCCUGACCGGAGGCUCCUAUCAGGAGGCAGCAUCAUCAGUGCUAAAACUAGUUCUUCUAAAAGCUGAGAAAAAAACCACAGCACGUAUUGGAAGCUAUGUCUACCAUACUCUCUUAAUUGAUGGAAUCACUUACUUGUGUGCCACAGACAAUCCCCUGGAUAACACUUUACCAUCUGCAUUUCUUGAAGAGGUGAGCAAAACUUAUUCUGAAAAUCCCUUGCUGUUCCAAGAACCUUUCCCUCUCUCAAAUGCAGUCAUUGCAGAUUUUCAACACGUGCUGGGAAAUUGCAUGAGGAAAAGAAAAGGAGGGGAAAGGAACAAAUUAUGCCAGAUGAAGUACAAUCAAUAUCAAAGUGAAUUUAAGAUUUCUGCUCUGAAAAGUCAGGUGUCUGAUGUCAAAAAUUCCAUGACACAGAAUAUUGACAAGAUGUUGAGAAAAGAAGAAAAACUCAAUGUACUCAUUGACAAAACGGACAAUCUUCAGAUAGCUACUAAAUCAUUUCAAAAAACAACAACAAAGAUGUCUAAGAAGAUGUGGUGGAGAAACUACAAAAUCAUCAUAAUUAUAUUUUCCAUUUUAAUCAUCAUCAUCAUAAUUCUUUUAAGUACAAAUGUUAUUCCAGUUUGAACCUUAAAAAAAAACUCAAAAGUAACACUCCAAAAUAAAUUACUAAAAUAUGAUUGGAGAGUUCUGAAGCCCAGUGAUUAGAGUAUUCUUUUCCACUGAUGCUAUUUUAACAUAACAUGUUAUAGGGUCUUCAAGAAGGACGAGAGCUUUAAUUGUGUUCUGUAACCACCCUGCCUCCUCUAAUAUCCUUGAAUACAUCUUUGCACCUCCUUCAUUUCUCUACUACCAUCUCUAAUCUCCCAUGCUAUUCAAAGUAUCCCUUCACAUUUCUUCUUUGAUUCUUAGAACUGAGAACAACAUGCCUAUUACCUACUUGUUUCCAUAUUGUUCAUUUUUGUAAAUGAGUAAUCUUAUAAAACCAAAACCUCAAAACAUAAACCCAAAUAAACAAUUGAAAAAUCA